UGCUGGGUGCCUGCUCUCCUGGCUGAGGCCGUGGCCAGCUUCUCCCCGUCUGGGGACGUCUCCGGGCCAUUUCGGGACUCAGCGUCUUGUAGCUCCUGUGCUGCCACACGCGAAAAAGACAGUGGGCACCGGGUGGGGGGACACGACGUGACUGGGAGCGAUGCCCUGCUGCUCAUUAGCCACUCAAGGCCUAAUCCUGCUUCCACUAGAGCCCACGGGAACUUUGUUACUGGCUUCCGUGGGGGUUGGCUCCGGUCCCUGAUGUCACGUAAUCUGAAGCGAGCUGCGGCUGUCAAUGGCAGGGCUACAAGGGGCUGUGUUUCCUCUUUCCCAUCGCAGGCUCUUGCCCCUGUUCUUUGCCUCUGGUUUUGUUGGUGAGGAUAUCACAGUGAUGUCUGCAUUCAACCUGCUGCAUUUGGUGACAAAGAGCCAGCCAGUGGCCCUGCGAGCCUGUGGGCUUCCCUCAGGGUCAUGUAGGGAUAAAAAGGACUGUAAGGUGGUCUUUUCCCAGGAGGAGCUGAGGAAGCGGCUGACACCCUUGCAGUACCAUGUCACUCAGGAGAAGGGGACUGAAAGUGCCUUUGAGGGGGAGUACACACAUCAUAAAGCUCAAGGAAUAUACAAAUGUGUUGUUUGUGGGACUCCUUUAUUCAAGUCAGAAACAAAGUUUGACUCCAAUUCAGGUUGGCCUUCCUUCUAUGAUGUGAUCAGUCCCGAUGCAAUUACUUUCAAUGAUGAUUUCUCCUAUGGGAUGCAUCGGAUUGAAAUAUCCUGCAGUCAGUGUGGUGCUCACCUGGGGCAUAUUUUUGAUGAUGGACCUCGCCCAACUGGCAAACGGUACUGCACAAACUCUGCUUCGUUAUCUUUCAAGCCAGCAGACAAGAACAGCGCCGGAGAAGGCAGCGGUAACGCUAGUCCUGCCCAGACAGGCAAAGCUGAGCUGUAGGACAAAGCAAAGCCUGCAGAAAACUGCGCUGAUCCCACACAGCUUACAAGGAAUGUUUUCUAAAUUGCCUGCUCUCUUAUAACCUAAGAAUGUUUAAAUGUAUGAAAGCAUUUUGCACCAUCCUUCUUCUUCCUCACCUUUUCGGAACUGAGGCCUUGCCUGCUGGUGCAUUUACUAUGUAAUUGGGUUGAAAAAUGUGUUGACUGAUUCUACAUGUUUUCUUUUCCUUUCUUUUCUUUGAGAUUGCUUUGGGGAAUCCUUAAAUUGAGAUGCUUCGGCAUCAUUAGUUAUUAGUUUCUUCUUAGUGCUGUGUUACUCUAGGUUUGAACGCUAUUCCUUUUUGUGUGGGAGAUGGGGCUUGUGUUUAUCUCCAGUCUAUAGGAAACUUCUGGGCAUAAGAAGAUCCUGAAUUCCUAGCACAUCUCUGCUUUGUUCUGACUUGCGAGGCAUGCAGCCUUUGGUCAUAUGUAUUCAGCCAUCUCCCAGCAUCAGCCGCACCCUGCAAAAACUUGUAGUUAUGGCUGUUCCUUCCCAACUGAGAGAGAUGGAUGAGGUGUAAAGCCCAUCCUUUGGCUAAUUUACAGCCAGAAUUUCAGGGGUGUGGUUGAAAGGAUGUAAACAUUGUUUCAGCAUCUAUUUUUCCCCUUUGUUUGGUAUUUAAAUCAAGUUUUUAACUAGUAAGGCUCACUUUUGAGGGCUACUAAUGAGACUUUGUUUUUUUUUGUGAGGCCUGUUCAGCAACUGUAACUCAAAUCUGAAUUAAAGUUGAAAUCUGCAGGGGGUAGUUAUAUGAACAAGUGCAGAGAUAAACUUGAGAAGUGAAGUAGAUGAGGGAUGACGUUAGGCUCUUGUCAAUUGCUACAAGGAUUCAGAAACACGACAGUUUCUGCUAAAAGGGAGUUUAGGAAUGAAUGCAGCAGAAAGAGGGAGACCCUCCUGAAGUAUCCAGUUUUAAAGAUUAGCUGGUCUGGAUGCAUACUGCCUACAGGGCCACAGCCUUUAAUUUGUGCAAUUGUGGUGUAGGACAUGAGUGAGAGGGUUGGUUUAAGAAAUUAUUUUGAAAAAAGCCUGUCAGAUCUCCAGAAAUUUUCAUGUAGCAAAAUUUGCUGUCCCAUAUGGUGUUUUUCACAGCUGCUUUUAGAUUUUGUUGAAUAACAGUUUGUCUAGAAUUGUGCAUAAUACUGUUCUGUAAGCUAUACUGUACAGUAUUUGCUAACACCACUUUGCCUUUAAGCAGUGAGAGACUUAAUGAAUAUAGUAUUUACUUUCAUCAGCAAACUUUCUGACUAACAUAUUUGGAUCCAAUUUCAUUUCUAGUAGGAGCAAGGCAACGACUGAUUUUUAUGGAAGCAGGAUUGAGGUUUUUAUGUCAGUGAUAAUAAACAUACUAUCUAAAGUGCAAACAUCCUUCAGUUAAAAUAUAGCUACUGUAAAAGCAUAUGGAAUCAUCAGAAUUGCCUUUUUUUAGCAACAUAAGAAAGACUUGAGAAAAG